AUGCCCGACACACGAUUCGAGUCGGUUCGGUCCUCCAAUGAUGGAGGGGGGGUUUCGAUCCUAGCAGUUCCUCACUUCCAAACCACAGUCGUCGAGAACAGAGCUAUACUCGAGCCCAGUUUUGACACCUUUUCUUGUGCAACUCACGCGUGCCCUCUACCGGUCGUAGAUGAUCUCCUGGACGCGAUCUGCGGGUCCUACAAUGAUGAUGUAUUCGGUGGGUUGUUUGGUUGUUUCUGCACCAUUGAUAUCGAGAAGAGCACGGCGAGGACGUCGAGGAAGAUGUUCAGCGGAGCACAUGCCACCAUCACUCAUCAACGCGGCCCAAACCGCUUAUCCCGCCUUUUCAUGCGGCCUGGUGCAGCCGGUGCAGCCGGUGCAGCUGGUGCAGCUGGUGCAGCUGACGUCGGGCCGACAAAGAGCGCACAGCAGGCCAAGUAG